AUGGAUUCAUCUUCUAUAUCUGCUAAUGUUAACAACAUUCUUGUGCUUAAUGGCACAAACUUCAAGAAAUGGAAGGAGCAUGUUAUAAUUGUGCUCGGGUGCAUGGAUUUGGACUAUGCAUUAAGAGAGGAUCGCCUUGCAGACCUUACUGGUGCUGGCACUGCUAAGCAAAGAGUUGCUAUAGAAAAAUGGGAGCGAUCCAAUCUCAUGAGUCUAAUGAUAAUGAAACACACAAUUCCAGAAGCUAUAAGGGGUGAAAUACUUGAGGAGUCCCAAGCCAAGACAUUCUUGGACCAGAUAGCAAAUCGUUUCGCUGCAAACGAAAAAUUCGAGACAACGCUAUUCUUAGUAAGCUUGUCUCCAUGUGGUACAAAGGGAAAAAGAAUAUAA